GAAUUACUAUCGAAAUUGCAAUUCUGGACCUAGUCCAAAGAUCAAAUUACCUUUAUGUUUUACAUUAAACUGGUAACUCCAGGUAGCUCUUUCCAACGGAUCGUAAACACAGACAGCAGGAUGAGCGCACAAAUAUUGAAGCGGGGUUUAUUGCGCACGGCGGUAAAACAAUCGCUGACAAUGACAACUAUGAAAUAUGCAACCGCUUCCGGGUCCAAAGUGUAUGAAACGCUUGACAUUUUGGUACCAAAACCGUUUGUUUAUCACGUCCUUCUGAAUAGACCAAAAAGUUUGAAUGCUGUUAACAGAGCAAUGUGGUUAGAAAUAAAAGAUUGCUUCGAUGAACUUGGCACCAAUCCAGAUUGUCGAGUUGUUGUUUUAUCGGGUUCUGGAAAAAUGUUCAACGCAGGCAUUGACGUUAGUUUGUUGAUGGACUUUGCUCCCCGACUAGCAGGUUGUAACGAUGUGGCACAAAAAUGCAAGAUGCUUAAAAAAGAAAUACUCAUGUGUCAAGAAUCACUCUCGGCAAUUGAGCUGUGUCCAAAGCCAGUUGUUGCUGCUGUGCAUGGGGCUUGUAUUGGUGCGGGAAUGGGUAUGAUUUGUUCAGCAGACAUUCGCUAUUGCACAACGGAUACUUGGUUCCAAAUCAAAGAGGUACUGAUGGGAUUGGCUCCCGACAUCGGCACACUGCAGAGGAUGCCAAAAAUCAUGGGAUCAGAUAGCUUGGUCAGAGAGCUUGUUUAUACAUGUAGGAAGCUCCAAGCAGCAGAAGCUCUGCAGACUGGAUUCAUCAGUAAGACUUUUGACAACCAGGAGAAUCUGCUAGCGGGAUCAAUAUCACUUGCGGAGGAAAUCGCUAGCCGAUCACCCGUGGCAGUCCAAGGCAGUAAAUUGAAUCUAAACUACUCACGGGACCAUACAACUCAAGAAGGCCUAGAUCACAUUAGUAUGUAUAAUCAAGCGAUGCUACAAAGUGAGGACCUCAUUACUUCGGUCGUGGCACAGGCGACCAAAAGUAAAGAACCACCUGUGUUUGCAAAGUUAUAAAACUAAUCGGCAGUCAUGGCACUGCAUGCUGAAGCGGCUAAUUCUAAAUAUAGUUUGUAAGCAACAAUCACCUUUGAUAUUUAUUCUGACCUGUUCAAUGACUAUCAAUAUUUUUUAUAUCAAUAUGUCACAUUCCUACUUGUAGAUAACAUGGGUAAAAUUUUGAAAUAAUAUUUAAAUGGCAAUAA